UGAUACCACAGCAUUCAACAGCCCGUGUUACACAAGUGGCGAUGGCAAGGAGAUGAAGGAGAAUGUUGCAGAAGGUGACUUUGACCCUAGUCUAUUACAAGAACUGGGAAUUGUAGAAGUGGAUCCCGUUGAAUUUGGUGAUGACUUGCAGACCGAUGUAGCAGCAAGAUUUCAAAAAAUUUUGUUGGAAGGGCUUAAAAAAGAAAAGAAAGAAGAACUUUUGAAAAAGUACCCGUUUCCUAAAAACGUUCCCCUAGCAAAAAGCCCAUCUCUAAACCCGGAAAUUGGAGCCAUGUUGGCUGAGGCAUGCAAGCUGAGAGAUAAAAGACUGCUCGAAAAGCAGGACCAGCUUGGCAAAGCGCUUUCAGCGCUAGGCAAGGCACUAACUGGCCUAUUGAAACGAACUCCAGAUAUCCCAAAUAUUAUUCGCACACUCAAUGAUGCGGGCAUUAUGUUAGCUGAUUCUCAUUAUGCUGAAAUUGAUACCCGCCGCUCAGUUAUUAUGCCGCUAAUAGAUAAAUCCUUUGCGGAACCUUUCAAAGACAGAAAAAGAGACACCUUUCUUUUUGGAGAAAAAUUGGGUGAGUUGGUGAAGGACUCUCGCGGCAUAAAAAAGACAGGACAGUUAAUUCAACCACCAUCAACUGCUUCAAAUUUAAAUGGAAGAGGUCCAUCGAUGUCCCGAGGAACGCGAUAUCAGCGGGGAGGCCACACGUAUCAACACCGAUCCGGUGAACCGAGAACAGCAAUGUCGGCCCCAGCAUACCAGUACCAAUACCAAGGUCGCAGACGAGCAGCUCCGCCACCGCUGCCACCUCCAAGUCGCCGUCAGCCUCCACCUCCACCUUCAACACGCCGACCACCUCCUCCUGCGCAGCGCUCCUCAACCAGUCGACGGACCUAA